AUGGCGGAAGGACGCAGGGAACAGCCGUCUCACCAUCUCUCUUUACCCCCGGCCAGCAAGCGACCUUGCCUGCGCCCCGCACCGCGCGGACCCGGGCCGGGGCCGGGCCACGGCAGCGGGUUCCCCGGCUGUCGGUACCGCUCGCCGGAGUCGCUUCUGGACUGCGCCGCGAAGGCAGUAGCGGAGAAAUGGGCCUUCGAGAGAGUGGAGGAGCGCUUCGAGCGGAUCCCGGAGCCCGUCCAGCGCCGUAUCGUCUACUGGUCGUUUCCCCGGAACGAGAAGGAGAUUUGUAUGUACUCUUCGUUUCAGUGUCGCGUUAACGGUGAGGAUGGUUCGUCGUCGGCGGCGGCGGCGGCGUCGGUAGUGGCGGCUUCGUCGGCGUCGGCAGCGACCGCAGCUGCCGCGUCCGGAGCUGCUGCUGCCGGCGGGGGCGGCGGAGGAUCUACCCCUGGUACUGCGUCUACCGCGGGGGCAGCCGGAGCGGUGGGAACAGGAGACGGGCUGCCUUUCCGCCGCGGGAUCAGACUACUGGAGACCGGUUGUGUGGAAAACGUUUUGCAAGUUGGUUUCCACCUCAGUGGCACUGUAACAGAGCCCGCCACGUCAUCAGAACCGGAGGUGACCCACAAGGUGGCUAUCAGCUUCGACCGCUGCAAGAUCACCUCUGUCACCUGCGGCUGCGGCAACCGGGACAUCUUCUACUGCGCCCAUGUGGUGGCCCUCUCCCUCUAUCGCAUACGCAAGCCUGAACAGGUGAAGCUGCGACUGCCCAUCUCGGAGACUCUUUUCCAGAUGAACAGAGACCAGCUGCAGAAACUGGUCCAGUACCUGAUAACGGCCCAUCACACUGAGGUGCUGCCCACUGCACAGAAACUGGCAGACGAGAUCCUGUCCUCCAACUCAGAGAUCAACCAGGUUCACGGUGCCCCGGAUCCAACUGCAGGGGCAAGUAUUGAUGAUGACAACUGUUGGCACCUGGAUGAAGACCAAGUCAGAGAACAGGUGAAGCAGUUCCUCUCCCAGGGAGGAUACUAUGGCUCCGGGAAACAACUCAACUCCAUGUUCGCCAAGGUGCGUGAGAUGCUGCGAAUGCGGGACUCCAACGGUGCCCGGAUGCUGACACUGAUCACAGAACAGUUCAUGGCUGACCCACGCCUGUCGCUAUGGAGACAGCAGGGGACUGGCAUGACGGACAAGUGUCGGCAGCUCUGGGAUGAACUGGGUGCACUGUGGGUAUGUGUGGUACUGAAUCCCCACUGUAAGAGUGAGGAGAAGACUGGUUGGCUGAAGCAGCUGAAGAAGUGGGGGGACAUGGAUGUUUGCCCGCUGGAGGAUGGAAACUACGGAAGUGAGCUGCCAAACAUUACUAACGCCUUGCCGCAAAGCAACCUAGCACAGGAUUCCCUAUCGAGGCCGAGGCGGACGGUGUUCAGCAGGGCCAUGGAGGCCUGCGAUCUGCACUGGCAGGACAGCCAUCUGCAGAGAAUCAUCAGCAGUGACUUCUAUGUGUCUCCUUCAUACCAGAGAGAAGGGGAGAGCCUACUCUUCAAUCCGCAAGGCCUACCACUCUGGCUCGAUCACGUGCCAACGGCGUGCGCUCGGGUCGACGCAUUGCGCUCCCACGGUUACUCCAGGGAAGCCCUGCGGCUGGCCGUCGCCAUCAUCAACACACUCCGCCUCCAGCAACAAAGGCAGAUGGACAUCUACAAACACCAGAAGAAAGAGUUGCUGCAAAGAGGGGUGACAACCACCACUAACCUAGAGGGCUGGGUGGGCCAUCCCCUGGACCCCAUUGGCUGUCUGUUUACCACCCUCACUGAGACCUGCCGGAUGGAUGACGACAGCACCAUGGAUAUAGGCGAAGGUGACCCCAGGCCUCCUGUCUACCACCAUGUACCCGUGUGGGGCUGUCCAGAUGGCGGGGAGUCAUACCUGGCCUUGGCCCUGGAGGUGGCCCUGAUGGGUAUGGGCCAACAGAGAGUGAUGCCUGAGGGCCUUUACGCUCAGGAUAAGGUUUGUCGUAACGAGGAGCAGAUUGUCACCAAGCUGCAGGAACUGGAGCUGGACGAUCUCCUGGUUCAGACACUUCGAAAACAGGCCAUCCAGCUACUAGAAGCGGGUCCUUUCAGCGGUCUGGGGGAAGUUAUCCACAGGGAGAGUGUGCCCAUGCACACAUUCGCCAAGUACCUGUUCUCCGCCAUGCUGCUGCACGACGCAGACCUGGCGUACAAAGUGGCGCUCCGUGCCAUGAGGCUGCCGGUCCUGGAGUCAUCUGCAGGCUCCGGAGACGUUGGCCACCCCCACCAUGGCAUCUCCAUUGUACCCAGCAGGUACCCGCGCUGGUUCACGCUGGGGCACCUGGAGUCACAGCAGUGUGAGCUGGCCUCCACCAUGCUCACCGCUGCCAAAGGUGACAUGUUAAGGUUACGGACGGUGCUGGAGGCCAUCCAGAAAAACAUCCAUUCAUCCUCUCUUAUCUUCAAACUGGCCCAGGAUGCCUUUAAAAUUGCCACACCUGCAGACAGCCCACCAGAUAUUACACUGCUCAACGUGGCUAUGGAACUAGGACUGCAGGUAAUGAGGAUGACUCUGUCAACCCUGAACUGGAGAAGGAGAGAGAUGGUUCGCUGGCUGGUUACCUGUGCUACUGAAGUCGGUCUGCGGGCACUGGUAAGCAUUUUGCAGAGCUGGUAUACCCUCUUUACACCAACUGAGGCCACCAGUAUCGUAGCGGCCACAGUCAUGUCCCACAACACCAUCCUGCGUCUCAGUCUCGACUACCCGCAGCGCGAGGAGCUAGCCAGCUGUGCACGGACCCUGGCCCUGCAGUGCGCCAUGAAGGACCCCCAGAACUGCGCCUUGACUGCCCUCACGCUCUGUGAGAAGGACCACAUCGCCUUCGAGACAGCCUACCAGAUCGUGAUAGACGCAGCCUCGACGGGAAUGACCUACUCUCAACUGUUCACCAUAGCGAGAUACAUGGAGCAUAGAGGAUACCCUCUAAGGUCAUUCAAGUUGGCCUCCCUCGCCAUGACCCAUCUCAAUCUGGCAUAUAACCAGGACACCCACCCGGCUAUAAACGAUGUGCUCUGGGCCUGUGCGCUCAGCCACUCACUGGGCAAGAAUGAGCUGGCUGCCAUUAUUCCCCUGGUGGUAAAAAGUGUACACUGCGCCACAGUGCUGUCAGACAUCCUACGGCGAUGUACCAUGACAGCGCCGGGCCUUGCAGGCAUCCCUGGGAGGCGGAACUCUGGGAAGCUGAUGUCGACGGACAAGGCGCCCCUGCGUCAGCUCCUGGACGCCACCAUCUCGGCGUACAUCAACACCACGCACUCUCGGCUGACGCACAUCAGCCCACGGCACUACGGAGAGUUCAUAGAGUUCCUGAGCAAAGCCCGGGAGACAUUCCUGUUAGCGCAAGAUGGGCACAUUCAGUUUGCCCAGUUCAUAGACAACCUGAAACAGAUCUACAAGGGCAAGAAGAAACUCAUGAUGCUGGUCAGGGAGCGCUUCGGCUGACCCCCCGCGAUCUCUCCUUGACCACACCCCUCCCUCACAGGGACCUUCCUCUAGGGAACUAGUAUGACUCAUUUGUUUCUAUUUAAGUUUCUUUUUUUUUUAAUUCCUUGUAUUUUUACUUAUGUUUGAGCCAUUUGACGACAGAGUCUUAAGUUUUUGUCCUGUUCUACUUCUUUGAAACUGCAAAAUGGGGGAAAUGGUAUCGUUUUGCAACAAAACAACAACAAAGAAGUAUAAAGCUUUUUUUCCUCCCCCAGCUAGUAGUGAAUCUAGUCUAAAAAGUUAAAAGAUUGUGAUGAAAAAGCAAAAGGAAACUAUUGAAGUGGCACGGGCUGAUGUUGGAAAAAAAAACCAAAUGAUUUUGUUGUACGGGGUACUUACAUGAGCUAAGGGAUG